CGGAGAUCAUUCGAGGACCACAAGUACGCUGCGGUGGAAGGACGUUGUGCGUAGAUGCGAAGCAGCUGGAACAUGUAUCUUUGUCUUGUUGCUAACUAUGCUACUCUCACUGUGUGUGGGGGGAUUAGGAUGGCGAUAUGUCGCCACUGCGAGUGGUUGCUGCUGCGGCUGCGAUUGGCGUGUCCGUGUACGCCAUGUGUCGCAUUGCCAAGUCCCUCUGCUGCUCCAAGUUGGACGGACCCAAGUGCGUCAUCAUCCUCUCAGGCAAGCGCAAAUGCGGCAAGGACUACCUCUCCAGCUUCCUUCAUGAGCGGCUCGGGACAUUCUCGUCCGUAGUGCGCCUCUCCGGCCCUCUGAAGGAGCAGUUUGCCAAAGACCAUGGUCUGGACUAUGAAGAGCUGCUCUCAGAUUCCGGAUACAAGGAGAAGUACCGCAAGGACAUGAUUGCAUGGGGCGAGAAGAUGCGCAACGCAGACCCAGGGUUCUUCUGCCGCCUGGCAACCGCCACAGCGACCGCCCCAAUCUGGAUUGUCACUGACGCCCGCAGGCCCUCCGAUAUCGAGUACUUCAAGGCACGCUACCCUGUUGUGACAGUGCGGAUAUCCUCGACAGAUGCAACGCGGAAGCAACGAGGGUGGGUGUUUACGCCCGACGUGGAUGAUGCCGAAUCAGAGUGUGCGCUGGACAACUAUGGCUUUGACCAGACGAUUGAGAACAACAGCACGGGCGGUCUCACCCCAGCCCUCGACCGCGCCCUGCAACGCGUCAUCAACGCAGCCGUCAAGCACCUCUGAUGCCGCAGUGAUCCACCGCCAUAUGGAGCGGACCGUUUGUGGGUCAGCCAUUCUCGCUCUGCUGA